GUUUAAAUGAAAAAAGGAAGAACACUUUUCUAUAAAAAUGUAAACAGAAAGCUGUUAUGAACUCCAGUUUUUCUGUGGUAUCUUUGAAAUUACCGGUACUAUAGCUCCAGAAACAGUUCAACCCCUGUAAAACAGACGCCUAAAAUGAGAUCAGCCAGAACUAAACCCCCACUGCAAGGCAAUACCGCCAAUCCUAAUGCGUGUUUGAAAUUAUGAAACGCUUAAAAAAAUUAUAAACACAUUUAACUUUUGCGAAGAAGCAAUACUAUUCCGCUUUAAACAAGACUAGGAACCUUCCUCCAUGUCACGUUGUUUCCUUCCAGAUUCUUUAGCGGUCGGAAACAGCCAGCGUGUGAUUUUUUUUUUCUUCUUCCUUUAUUUAUUUAUUUAUUUAUUUAUUUAUUUAUUUAUUUUACCGCACUGUGUCGAUUUACGCUAUUGUACACGGAUGUGACGAUAUACAAAACAGACCGCGCUGUCCCUUAUUAGGUACUAGUAUUGUAGGAUGCGACAGUUAUGAGUGUUAUAAAGAGUAGAGUUUAGUUGUUCGUUGCGACUUUAUGGCCGGUUAGCAGUGCGGCUACGUGUCGGAACUUACCUGGUUUCAUCCAGCCACAAACCUUGCGAUUGAAAGAGACGCAAAAAAUCUUACAUUAAACUAGAAACACUGAAAUUCCGCAAAUAUGAAGGAGAAAAGACAUCAGGAUGUUUUGCCGUCUACCCGGUAACGAAAGAGUCGGACUGCAGGAAAGGGGGAACUGGGAAAGAGCUGAGUUGAUAAUGUAGCUGCUGUUUAGCUCGAGAUCACAAUUUCAGCCAAUAGUGCGGUUCUUGUGUCUGUCUACUGCAGGGGAAAAAGUCUUAUAAACAGCACCAACGCUUUUGAUAGAACCACGAUGAUGUACUCUUCCCGGAGAAAACCAGUGCUCUAUUUUAAAGAGGACAAAAGAUUUCUAUGGAAAAAGUGCACAGUGCUGAAGCUGUUCGGUCUCUGCGUGGUGCUCGUCCUCGGGUCUCUUCUCUGGCUGCAGCUGAGCUGUUCAGCUGAUCUGAACCAGGCACUGUUGGCUGAUCGUCCUCCCUAUCAGCCAUGUCCUUUAGAGAGACAUGCUGCACCCGUUGAUGACUCCUCAUGGGGCCCUCAUAAAAUGGCUGUCAUUGUUCCCUUCAGGGAGCGCUUUGAAGAACUUCUUAUUUUUGUGCCGUACAUGCACGCUUUCCUCAACAAAAAGAAAAUACGACACAAAAUUCUUGUUAUCAACCAGGUGGAUCAUUUCCGCUUCAACAGAGCCUCUCUCAUCAAUGUUGGCUACAUGGAGAGUGGAAAUGAUACAGACUACAUAGCGAUGCAUGAUGUGGACUUGCUGCCUCAGAAUGAAGCUCUAGACUAUGGAUUCCCAGAGGAGGGACCCUUCCAUGUAGCUUCACCAGAGCUUCACCCACUGUAUCAUUAUAAAACGUAUGUAGGAGGGAUUCUGCUGCUUUCCAAGAAACACUAUCAAAUGUGCAAUGGAAUGUCCAAUCGGUUCUGGGGUUGGGGAAGAGAAGACGAUGAGUUCUUCAGAAGGCUGCGAACAGCAGAACUGCAGCUGUUCAGGCCAAAAGGAAUAACCACAGGGUACAAAACGUUCAGGCACAUUCACGACCCUGCCUGGAGGAAGAGAGACCAGAAGAGGAUAGCUGCACAAAAACAGGAACAGUUUAAAAUCGACCCAGAAGGUGGUCUGACCAACAUGCGCUACAAGGUGGAGUCUCGACAGGAGCUGAUGAUUAGUGGCGCACCCUGCACCGUCAUCAGCACCUUGCUGGAGUGUGACACCAGCCAAACGCCCUGGUGCCAGUUCAGCUAACAUGCCUGGCCUGCUGAUGCACUGUGCUAUGAUAAUGCUAUUUCUCCAUGUAUAGGUUCUUUGUCGUGGACAGUUUUGCUUAAAUAACCUGGUUAUUUAACCGUGAACACCGAAAACAAGAUGUAAACAGACACUGAGGUUUUAUUGCUACUGGUCAGUAUUAUGAUAAUCUUUGAUGAAGCUGCCUCUGUUUUUACUUGGACAGAACUGAACUGUCAGGUACUGCACUGAGAACACGUCAGCAAUGUUGCUACUAAUGAGCUUUUGUAGUAUGGAUUUAAGAAGUUGAGUUUCAAACUGGUGAUGCUGUAGCAAUAGCAUUUUCUUGGACUCUUUCUCAUGGUGCAGUAAUUACAAUUUUAUUUGGGUAUGCUGAAUUCAGAAUGAAUGACUUGAUGCUGAUAUAACUAAAAUGGUUUAAGGGUACUUUGAGGACAUUUGCGCACACUUCAUAUUUAUAUAAAAAAUUCCAGUCUAUUUAGUUUUUAUACCAUGUUUUAUCCCAUGUCCAGAAGUUAGUUGGUUUGGACUAGAUUAAGUCAUGAAUGCCACUGCAUGUCUGCAUUAUUGAAAGUUAUAGUAUAAGAAGAGAGGAGCAUGCCUGCAUACUCUUUACCAAAGACCUCUAAAAGUCACUUGUCCUCUUGAGGGUAAAGAUGCAACAUGUUGUGAUAUGGAUGUAACAGUCAGUGGGGACAAAAUGAAUUUUUACAACUUCAAAGGAUGUGUUGAAUGAGUUUUGAUAAGAGCAAACUUGAAUCACUUUAAAAGAUAUAUUAAAUGGGAUUAUUUCAA